UAAGCACUUGUGCCAUGUGGCCUGCCCUGUGCUCCGACAUCCAGGACUAGAGUGACAGCAAGAUCCUGCCCCACAGAAGAGGGUUCCCAAUUUGAUCCACAGACUGAGUCAGGAUGAUUCCCAGGUCCUGCCAAGGAGUUUGCACCCCAGUUCAGAUUAGCUGCUGGAGCCCAGCAACUGUUCACCAUUCUCCCUCUACCUUUAUCCCAGGUGCCCAUGGGUUGGAAUAUGAGGCUGGCCACCGCAGCUCUGCUGCUGGGUAUUGUGAUAGGGGCUGCUGACGAGGAAGAAAACAACAAGUGCGUCUAUGAGACCCUGCCCGACAUAGAGACUGGCCUUUGCAGUGGUCUGGAUGUCUUCUACCCAGAGUUGGGGAACAUUGCCUGCAUGCUCAUUCCUGACUGUAACAACUACAGGCAGAAGAUCACUGCUUGGGGUGAGCCCAUUGUCAAGUUCCCAGAGGCCAUGGAGGGUGCAUACUACAUCCUGGUGAUGGUGGACCCUGAUGCCCCUAGCAGGGCUUCUCCCAAAGCUCGAUACUGGAGACACUGGCUCGUCACGGAUAUCAAGGGCACUGAUAUGAAGAGAGGGGAUAUUAAGGGCCAAGAGUUAUCAGCCUACCAGCCUCCUUCCCCUCCACCACAAACCGGAUUCCAUCGCUACCAGUUCUUUGUGUACCUACAACAAGAAAAGGUCAUCUCCCUCCUCCCUAAAGAAAACAAAACUCGAGCCUCUUGGAAAAUGGACAAAUUUCUGAACCGCUACCACUUGGGUGAGCCUGAAGCCAGCACCCAAUUCAUGACCCAGAAUUAUCAGGAUUCGCCAGAUUUCCAGAAUGCAACUGAAGUAGAAGAAGAAAUUGAUGAGCCCAAGAACUAACCUCAGCACAGAUGGCAGCCUCCCGGCCCCAGCUUCAUCUUGUGGGUGUGUCUGCAUUGUCGAUCACCUACAGGCUGGUAUUGAUGCCCCUCUGGCUACACUUCUAGUACCAGUUAAAAAAUAAAUCAAUUGUCCAAAGCUUA